UCAUAGCAGGUCGUGACGUCACUCCAAGCGGGCCACCAUGUUGUGUUUCGAAGCGUUUAUCUACACGUUUGUUGGAUCGAGUGCUGUAUUCGUGCUUUAAACUAGCGAUUACAGAGUUUACGUGUAGUGAAGCUGCUGUGAACAUGGUUUACAAAUGUUGUGUGCCAAGGUGUCGUGGGAAUUACGGAACUGGACCGAAAGUAAUGUUGUUUUCCUUUCCGAAAGAUGCGAAUCUGCGUUGGAAAUGGCUUUCAGCGAUUCAUCGGGACAAUUUCCAACCCACUGAGCACACGAAGGUUUGUGAACUUCAUUUCACCGAAUCUGACAUCUGCCGGCAUACGGAAUGUUAUGAUGAAGUGAAAGGCACAAAGCUUACUGUCAAGCUUUCAAGACCAAGGCUUAGAGAGGGUGCUGUCCCAUCAGUGUUACCAGGCUGCCCAAGCUAUUUGUCUACUCCAUCUACCAGCUCUCGAGAAAGUGCAGAGGAAAGGAGAGCUAGAUUGGACAAUGAACAUCUUCUACAAGCAAUUAAAGACAGUAUAGUAACCAAAACAGAGUAUGAUUCGAGGAAGUUAUUUUCUACUUUUGAAGCAUUUCUGCAGUGCCUAGAAAGAGAAACCAUUCCUAGUGAAUGGACCAUUGUUAGGAGAAGUGACUGUGUCCUAUUUCUAUUGCUUACUGUAUUGCCUGCUCCAUCUGUGUCUGUAUCUGUUGUAGUGACAAAUGAUUUGCAGUUGUCUGCCUAUCGAAGUAACACUGAGAUAAGAAAGAUAGGCAGUAGAAAAAUACCACACAAACUUUCAAAUAUGAAUGAUUUGUUUACAGUAUUAGACAAAGUGAAGGAAUUAGUCAGUGCAAAAGAAAAUUCAUUAAAAAGCCAGUGCCUUCUUAUACAGGACAUUUUAAAUGACAUGUGCAGUUCUGUAGAUGAAGAAAAACAGAAACAAAUUCAAUUCUUAACGACGAAUCACCCAAUUGCCAGCCGCUACCGUGACACCUCCGGCUCCGACGACGGUUUUACCGGUCACCUACGCAUCGGCGCUCUCUUCUCCUCCCAACGGCCGCCGCCCGUCGGCCCACGUACCGGUGACCCUUCCAGCUGCUACGGAUACCGCCGGGGCCGACACGUCGCGCUCAAAGCCUGA